AAGAGAAACAGACAUCCAGACAGAGACAGAGGGGCGAGUUCGAAAAGUACCAGAAAACGGAAGAUGCAUGCUAAAAAGGCGUGGUAUCCGUAGAGGCGAUGAUAUCUGUCACAGAUACCGAAGGCAUGAGAUACCUGGCAAUACGCAAUGAUGCUCUAAUGAGAUAACGCUGGAGGAGCGACAAGCAGGUAAUCUUUGCUGAUAACGAAAAAGAUGGAGAGGCCUGGGUGGGAUAGGCACUGAUUUGUUCAUCUUGGAAGUUUUUUUUUUUUUUUUACGUCAGGGGAAUUAAGAUGUCUCGCUAUAGUCUUAAAUGCCAAUCAUGUUACAGGUGAUAAUUGACGUGAUAUAAAUGGCUGGAAACGUGUGGGUUGGAGGUAAAAAGGCCUUAAGACAUGAGUACCGCUAACUCACCUCUGAAGGAACACCUGUUGCGCGCGCUCACACGCCUGCCAGACGCACGAGCAAAAUCCUAAUAUUCUCCUGUUCCACUCUUUUCCUAAAAUUUCCAACUUUUGCCGUGGUCUUCCAUAUUACGCACCCAAACAACUGUUGAAAAUAAAAUGCAGCCAAGCCCUUAGAAGAAUAAAAAGAGAAGAUUUGAAGACCAGGGUGCCACACACAUACACUUUCUGCAUGGAGACCCAAGCGAGAUCGACUGUUAGUCGAGAUCUUCGGAAGUCGUCGGUAGGUCGACCCCGCUGAAGGACGCAGUGCAAAAAAGUGUCUCGUGUUCUACAGAUUUCGGGCUGGUGCAAUCUAGACAAAUUACCAAUAUUUUUGUGGAAAUAUUGAGUGUAAUUUCUUGAAAAGUACCUCACGAACGCUUGUCUGUCAAUUAAUAUUAUACGCUUUACGGUAAGACAAGUGAUAUUUAAUCGCCAAGAAGUAUCGAGAUUGUCGGUCAGUGCAUGAGUGUGUGUUUGAGUGUCCAGUUGCUUGCGCAUGACUGGUAAUGCCUCGCGGACAGAUCUCAUGAUCAAGUCAGUGGCCACGCACUGAGGGUGGAGCUACCCAGUGCCCUCUCGCGUGCGUGAUCGAGUUUUGAUAAGAAGAUCUUGCUCACUACAUCUUCACGAUCGCCCAGUAUCGCCCCGCUGGUGUUGCCGUCUACAUCUCGCUGCGUCCCGAGUCCCAGGCCUUCGUGAGUAAUACGCCGAGAUGGGCACACUCACAGCCCCGGUGCGCUACGACUCCGCGCCGUCGCGCGAUCAGCUGGGAUGUCUGCCUGAAGUAGGGCACCCGCUCAGGGCACGACACCACUCCAGGUCCUCCAUGUCCUCCUACUGCAGCGAUGUAGAAUGGCACAGGAGUGCCUCUCCCGCGGCCUCAAACCAUAGCGGGCAUUCCUCGCCCUCGGAGAUUGGGGACUCCGGGGUCUGCUCGGAGCACGACACGCCCCCGCCCGUGACUCGAUACCCUGCCCGCCCUCGCCCGCAUCGCCACCACACGUCCUCGGACUCCGACAGCGAAAGCAAUCUGUCCAGCGACUCGCUACCCGAGUCCUACCGCGAGGAAGCAAAGGGAGACAGGUCGAGGCAGUCCUCCAGGCCUUUGGGGUCUCGCCGUGGCCGAGCAAACGCCCCGUCGGUCGGAGGCAAAGCCAUCCUGCCGGAAGCGCUGCUCGACGAGAUCCGUGAAAAGUGGCAAGAGUUGCAACAGCGUCGUGCACAGUACGGGCGGCUCGACGGGGCAGGGCCAGAGCGAGGGCACGCGGGCAGGUCCGGGAGCCAACCUCAGUGGUCUGCCGGACGUCACCCAGUGCAGCGCCGAUCCUGCCCAGCGAGCCCGUCUCUCUCGCGCGCGUCCUCCAACUUCCCGUCGUCGCUCUCGCUCUUCGAGGAGGACCUCGACGCGUCCCGAGCCUCGCCUGUGUUUCUCGAAGGGGGUUGGCGGCCCCUCAACGUCAGCAUGAGUCCAGGGCGGCACCACGACGACGGCAACUUCCUCUACGAGUGCCGCGAUGACGCCGCAGGUCAGGGCUUUGCCGGCCUCAGGGACAUAUUCUCCCCUCAGCAGGAGUCCACCAUCAAGAGUCAUAAGGGCACCGUGAGGGGCGUCAAGAACCGCGUGCGGGCCGGCAUUGCGACUUUCACUUCUGACCAACGCAUCCUGAAGCACUUCAUGGAACGCGAGCGGGGAAAGGUAGUUGUCUACGUCACCACACUGGGCAUCGUUCGAGACACCUACGAACGUUGUCUAAGAAUUCGUAAGAUUCUAUGGACGUUGUUGGUCCGUUUCGAGGAAAGGGACGUGUUCAUGGCGCGUGAUACCCAGAUCCAGCUCCUCGACCGCCUCCAUGCCCGCGGGGUCACCGUGCCACAUGUGUUCCUCGAGGGACAGUACUUGGGGGAUGCUGAGCAGAUCGAGCGAUUAAAUGAAUGCGGGGAAUUACGUCGUCUACUUCAGCCGUACAGGCGUGCGGCCUCAGCCAGCACGUGCGACACCUGCGGCGGCUUCCGUCUCCUCCCGUGCACCGUCUGCAACGGGUCAAAAAAAUCCGUCCACCGCAACGACUGGACGCUCGAAUUCGUGGCUCUCAAGUGCUCCAGCUGCGACGAGUCCGGCCUAGUCAAGUGCCAGGACUGCGCCGAGUACAAGGACGUUAAUGGCAACCACGACGGUUAACGACUGGCUCCCCGAACGCACGGAAGAGAAACGCUACGCGAGAAAACCGCGUUUUCUUGAACGCGAUCGCUAUGGGACUUUUGAAGAAUGUAUAUAUAUAUAUUUACAUAUUCUGCUUUUUUGAGCUAUGUAUCAGGAGUUAUAUUUGGUUCUAGACAAUCCUUUGGCUCAAAAUAUGUCCUUUUUCAGGGAGAGAAUGCACGAAGAGGAAAUAUUUAUUGCCCUGUGUAAAUAGCACAUGCAUUACGUUUACAGAACUCCGCCGUAGUGGAGUCUUUUGUUCCUUUUUGCAAAGAUGUCUAAAAAUAAAUAAAAAAUAUAUAUAACAUUAAAAAUAUAUAAAAAAGAUAGUUGUUUAAGUUUAAAUGAAUAUUUUACAGUCAUUUGAGUCACUGAGAGAAGUCAGUUGUAGCACCAAGUGAGAUUGCAAUAUCAUAAGACAAAAAUAAGUACGAAACAGAGAAUGGGUAAAUCUAGAUCUUGCAAAAUGACCAUCUUGUGUCGUAGAAAAAAUAAACAUAUUGCAAUUACACCUGGCUACACUGACCUAGCUGUAUGUGAUGAUUGCGUUACAGAUUGUUGUGUAUAGUUCGUUUUUUAUGUAUAAUUGAGUAUGCUAUUAUGUGGUUAUUUAGUCGGAUGACAAAUGGGUAUUCAGUUGAUGAUAAUUUUGUGAUACACAUGAUUAAUAUAUUGUGAUAUACUUAAUAUAAUGUCAUUCGUUUAUGGAAACGUGAUUCAGUUGCUUAUACACACUUUUUAUGUAUAUGUGGUAUAGAGUCCUUUUGUAGUUUCUUGUGGUGGAGGAAUCGAGUGUCCUUUAUAGGAUGCUAAAGACAGUGAACUGGUGCAAGAAUGCUCUGUAGCCAUUGGCUGUUUUUAUCACUUUUUUUUUUUUUUUUUGCGAGUUGAUCAGCUUUUGGACAAGGCACCAAUAAGGCUCACGCUGGUUGUGAUUCACGCUGUAAAUUACCUACAGUCAUCGCAUAUGGUGUGGUUUUUAAUUACCUCAAGUCCCUUUUCUGGCGAAAGGGAACCAACAUCCAUGCUUACGUACACACACAUUCUUAAAAAAGAAAAAUCAUGCACAAAGUGGAUAUUUAUUGUCAUUGGGACAUUUGUAUUGGCUUAACAUUCUUACCCUGGGUUACGGUUUUGAGAGGGGAAUCUUAAUUGUAUACUCUCGUGAACCUCUUUCGACACUGAGAUUUAAUACACAUUCAGAUGCAUUUGCUUACUACACUUUUUCAGUGGAUAUGCCUAACACUCUGCUUAGGUCUGUGACGGUUGGGAUCUCAUAAUCACUUUCAUACUUAAUAUCCAUAUCAUAAUGCCAUUGAAAGAGUUUAGUUGACAAGGCUAUUAACCGUAGAUCAUCAAAACAUUUUUUACUACAGAGCGCUGGCUUUGUAUCCAUUUUUUUUGUUAUAAGAUUCAUUAGUUUGCAUUACCUCUUCUGCAUAAGAUACAUGAAACUGCCCUAAAGAGUAGCUAGGUGACUUGCCAUGUGAUAUUUGACUGAUCUCUUGACCAACUAGUGUUACAAGUACAGCAUACCUUAAUACAGGUAUAUUAAACUCACAUGUAUUUAGGUACACGUAACACUCUGAUGGUGAAUUUGUGUUUUCUCUGUUAUUAGCGUCUUCUGAAUAACAGAACAGACAGAAUUGGUUGAAUCUUGCACAUGGAAUUGCAAAUCUGAGUCAAAGGAUUUUCAACUUGAAUGAUGUGAAGAGAACAGAUGAAUCUCUGUGAAUAAAGAGGUGUUGUAAUAUCCUGAUUUUUUUGCAGUUCCAAGUGCAAAAAUUGAAAUGUCAUCAGUGAGUCAGAGACAGUGUUGUUUGGUUGUCUGUAGUUGGGAGAUUAAAUAUAGAAACGAUAAACAUG